AUGAUAGAUAUAUUCGGUGUCUAAUAUAGAUAAUAGAUCUCUUUGGAUGAAAAAGUCUAGAAGUCUGCCUUAAGUGGAAUAUGUUCAUUUAUUGUAUUAGGAGCCAGUUUCGGUUACUUUCUAUAUGUUAUGAAUGAAUGGUGGAGUUCCAAUAUCCUACCAAAUUCAACUAGUAUAAUGAAAGUUGAGAACUACUCUUAAAUUUUAUAUAAUGAAGAUGACCUAUUCGAAUUCAGUUAUUGGAAGUAUACUAAAGAGUAAGUUGACCCAUUUCGGUUGUAGCGUAACAUAUUAACACCUAUUGGAAUUUAUUUUAUUAAUGGUAUUCCACAGAAGCCUUUUUCUCUCUUGAAUGAAAUAUCAGCAAUCUCACCCUAUAAUACUAAUUUAUAAAGAGUUGAUAACCUAUCAUUAAUUCAAAAUAGUGGAUAUGAUACAACUUUGAAUUAGACUACCGAAUUGAUGAUCUUAAUUACUGCAUGUAAUUCCACUCUAAUGAAAACCGGAUAUGAAUGUGCAUCUGAUUAGGAAAUAUAAGACUUCUUUGAAACAUCCGUUAAUUAUAUCAGCUUCUGGUUGAAUUUAAAGUAGUAUGAUCCUAAUUCGUAAAAGUUCGAGGUUGUGAAGAAACAGUAUUAUUUAUCCCUUGACUCUCAAAUAUCUCAUUAAGGUUAAUUGAUUUUGACUAAAACAUAAGCUACUAUAGAUACUGGCAUUUUAUUUGGUAAAUAUGAACAAAAAAGCUACAUCUACAAUGCUUAAUUGAUAACAAGUGCAACAACCAAACAAUUUUUUUCUACGUUAUUAGUAGAGAGUGCAUAUCUAAGCUUGCUUAUUAGACUUGACCCCAUAUCUAAUGAUACAUAAAUAGUGUAUCCUAAACUAGGAGCAAUACUUGCCUAAGUGGGGUCAAUAAUGAGCAUAUUAAUGACUAUACAAUAUGUUAUGCGUUAUUACAAUGAGCAGUUAUUGGAUUCUGAUUUCAUCGAUAAGGUUUUGGGAUUUUACUUUUAGGAUUAUUUUGAAGUAAAACAAUCAAAAGAAAAAGCAGACUCUAAAAUAUGUAAAGAAUUAAUAGAGAAAGCUAGAAAGAAACUAGUUUAUACUAAUGUCAUCUAUGAAUUAUCUAGGAUUUAGUUAUUCUUGUUAUAUCAUUAUGGAAGGAAUCAACUAUUUUAGGCACAUCAGUAUGCCAUAAAUGUAAAAGACGAAAUGAAGUCGAGUAAAUGUUGCUUAGCCUUUGAUAAUUUCAUUACUGGGCCUAGGGGUGAUGGUAACAGAGAAUAAAUUGAAUAGCAUUUUGAGAGAGAUGAUUUCAAUUUGUUAUGCAGAGGCAAAAUAAAUAUUAAUAAAAAUAAUGAAGAUGUAGUGAGAGUUUAUUAAGAUGUGGGCAGUGCUUCAUUGAAGUCCAGUUAGAAUUGA